UCAUAAUAUUAUAAUCUUAUUCAUUACUAAUGACUAAUACAAUUCAAAAUGUAUCAUUAUAUGUUGAUAAUAUGCAGUUACCUUCAAUGAUAUCGGAAUUAUCAUGGAUUAAUCAAUCGGAUUUAUGUUCAGGUAUAACAACUAUAAAGACGACGGAGACAACAAAAACAGCAACGACAACGACGACAGUGACGACAACGGCGACGACGACGACAACAACAACAACAACAUCAUCAUCAUCAUCGUCAUCGUCAACUUCAUCUACAUCUUGUAGUGAUUAUCAUUUUGAUGGAUCACAUCAUUUACAUAUGUUAUUCCGUUAUCCUCAUAAAUAUGUGGGAAAAAUUCAAAAAAAUAUACCUAAAUUAAAACAGAAUCAAGAAUCAGACUUCAAUUAUCAUCAAUUACAAUCCAAUAAUGAUUUACGUAUAAAACUUGAACGUGAAUUAUGUCAAAAAGUACGUCAAGCUGUUAAAACUCCACCACGUGAACGUAUUAUUCGUAGACGUUUAAAUGAAUUUCAUUAUGAAAUAAAUAAACGUUUAAAAAAUGAAGAAAAAAAAAAACAACUUGUUAUACAAAUGAAUGAUAAAUUAAAUUUUAAUGAAACAACAAAUACUACUAAUAUAAAUAUAAGUAGUUUAAAUAAUAAUAUAAAUAAUAAUAUAAAUAGAAUGGAUUUACGUAUGCAUCCAGAAUCAUAUUAUCAACAUUUAAAUUGGUCUAAAAAAUUGAAUAUAAAUAUAAAUAGUCAAAAUAUAUUAUGGAAUAAAAAAUCUGGAUUAUCAACAAAUGGAAUAAAAGAUUUAACAGUUUUAUCUGUUACCGAAAAUAAUCAUGAAAAUAGUUACUAUGAUAAUCAGAUUUCUUUAAAUAGUAAUGAAGUGCAUAAGAAUGAAAAUACAUCUGAUAGUAAUCCAUCAUCAUUAUACUACUUAAAUAACAAUUCUAUUGAAUCCUAUUUACAUCAUCAUCAUCAUCAUCAUCAUCACCAUCAUCAUUCAUUUCAUAAACCACUUCAUAAUGAUUCAUUCAUCAAUUGUAUAUCUAAUAAUACUACUUAUUCAAAAUAUUUAAUGAAUAAAUUACAUCAUUAUAAAAAUACCAUGAUUAAUUCAAAACAAUCUUUAUCCACUAAUUCAUCUAUUUAUCCAAUAUCUUUAAAUGAUUUAAAAGAUAAUAAUCCAUAUGAAUAUAAUCAAUUAUUAAAUGAUACAUUUACAUUUGAUUGGAAUUUAAUUGAAUGUAAUUUUGAUCAGGAUCAAAUUAUUGAUUAUGAUGAUCAUGAUUAUAAUGAUGAUUAUAAUCAUGAUCUAGAUCAAAUUAUAACUAAUCAUAUACAUAAAUAUGAUCAAAUAAGAUCUAAUUAUUUAACUAAUGAUGAUAUACAAUUAAUAUAUAAAUAUUAUGAAAAAUUCUAUAAGAAUAAAAUAAUAUUCAAUAAAAAUAUAAAUAGAAAAUUGAUAAAAAAUCAAUUAUAUACACGUCAAUCAAUUAUGGAAAAAUUUGGACGAUUAACUGAUGGUGAAAAACAGUUGUUUUAUUUCAGUAGUACUAGAGCAGCUUAUUUAAUAGCUACAAUUCAAUCUCAAUAUAAAUUACCUGAUGGUACACAAUAUCGUUUAAUGAAUCAAUCAAUCAAUAAACCAUUAGAUUAUGUAAUAAUCAAUAAUUCAUUUAUUGAUCAAUCAAUCAAUGAUUCUUGUUGUUGUUGUUCUUCUUCAAAUAAAAUUGAUAAUCAUAAUGGUAUAUCAACAUCUACAAUUGUUCAUUCUAAUUAUAAUAAUGAUAGUAGUCAAACAAGAAAUUGUUCAUUUAAUACACUACCUACAUUGAUUGAUUGGAAUUCAGUUAUUCGUGAUAGACAUGGACCAUUUUGGCCACAAAAUUAUGGACCUAUUUGUCAAACAUUAUAUCAUUCGAAUGAUCAUAAUGUGAAUAAACCAACUAUUCCUGAUUAUACUGAAGAGAUUAAACAACUAAGAAACAAACAACCUCAGUUCAAAGGAAUACGAGUUAUAUUCGAUUCAGAAUGUAGUCCUUGUUUAUCAGAAACAUCAACAUCAUCUUCUUUGAAUAUAAAACAAUUAGUUGAAGAGUUAACCAAUGUUGAACAAUGGACACCACCAUGUUUAGUCUUUGAAUCAAGAUUUGAAUCAGGAAAUCUACGACAAGUUAGGCGAAUAGGACCAUUUCAUUAUGAAUUAUUAUUAAAACCGGAUCUAUAUACAAAACGUCAUGUACAAUGGUAUUUUUUUCGUGUACAAAAUAUACUACCUGGUUUUAUUUAUACAUUUCUUAUUGUAAAUUUUACAAAACCAACAAGUUUAUAUUCACAAGGUUUACAACCUUUAUUGUAUUCAAAAAUCAAUUAUCAACAAAAUGGUAAGAAAUGGAUACGUGUUGGAAGAAAUAUCAAAUAUACACGUAAUACAAUGAAUUUAUCCAAUCAUUUACUUGAUACAAAUAGUGAAUAUUAUCAAUUGGAAUGGGAAAUGGAAUUUCCUUAUGCCAAUGAUAUUUGUUAUUUGGCUUAUUCAUAUCCAUAUACAUAUACAAAUUUAAAGCUUGAUUUGAAUGAAUUACUUAUUCAAUCAAAUGAAAAUGAAACAUUGAAUAAAACAAUUAAUUGUGAAGUAUUAUGUCAAACUAGAGCUGGCAAUUCAUGUUUCCUAGUUACAAUUACUGAUCAAAAUAUACCAAAUAAAGAUAAAUAUGCAGUUGUAAUCACUGCUCGUGUACAUCCUGGUGAAACAAACUCUAGUUGGAUAACUUAUGGAUUAUUGAAAUUUUUAACAAGUAAUCAAUCAAUUGUAUUAGCAUUAAAAAAACAAUACAGUUUCUAUAUUAUUCCAAUGUUGAAUCCUGAUGGAGUAAUUGUUGGAAAUUAUAGAUGUUCAUUAACAGGAAGAGACUUAAAUCGUAAUUAUCGUCAACCAAAAAAAGAUGUAUUUCCAACUGUAUGGACAGUGAAACAACUUGUGAAAUGGUGUAAAAAAACAUAUAAAGAUGUUAUUUAUUGUGAUAUGCAUGGACAUAGUCGACGGAAUAAUAUAUUCAUGUAUGGUUGUGAUCCAUUAUAUAGACAUUCAAAAAUAUUUAAUAAUACUAAACAAUCUUUACAUGAAAGAAUACUUCCAUAUAUCAUAUCUCAACAGGCCACUUCGUAUUUUUCAUUUCCAAAUUGUCGAUUCACUGUUCAUCCAAGUAAAGAAUCUACAAGUCGAGUGGUAUUUUGGAGAGAAUUUGAAGUGAUUAAUAGUUUCACUUUAGAAGCAACAUUUAAUGGUUCAACUUUACAAAAUAAUAGUUUGAUGAAAUUUGAAGUGGACGAUUUUAUGAAAAUGGGUGAAAUAUUAGGAUAUUCAUUAUAUAAAUUUUAUGAUGUAUUAUGUAAUCCAUUAAAACUUAAAGAAACUCUAAAGAAUUUAGCACAUCAAACGCUUACCAAUUUAUGGAUGACAAAAAUUCCAUUGACACCUGAAAAUACAAUAGAUGAAGAACAUAAAGAUGAUCUGUCAAUCUUUAAUAAGAAAUCAUAUGAUUUUAUCAAAUUACAAUUAUAUACUACUAAUAAGCAACUCUUUCAAUCAUCUAUUAAUAAUGAACAAUUUAAUCAUAGUAAUAAUCAUGAUCAUAAUUCAAUAUUAAAUUAUUCAUUAAAUGAUCCCGAUCAAAUUGAUGUUGAUCAUAUUGAUAAUGAUCAAAUGAAUGAUUCAUUAGAACAAUUAGCUAAAACAAUACAUACAUUAGAAAAAUCAAUAGAAUUACAUAAUAUUGAAUAUAAUGAAAAUGAAUUAUAUAAUACAAAUGAUAAUGAUUUCAAUUGUACUUCAGAUUCCAAUUCAGAUAGUGAACCAGAAAUGACAAUAACUGAUCAAAAUUCAUUAAAUCAAUAUUAUAGUUUACGUGGUGAUCUAAUUUUAACUAAUCAAAUACAAACGAUCAUAUUAGAUCAAUCGAACCAAUUAAAACAGUCAAAUAAUAUUGAUCAUAACAUUACAAGAUCAUAUAAAUUAAAGAAAAGAAAAAAGAAUAAGAAAAAGAAAUUACAAACACUUCAUGAUCGUCAUCCUCGUCAUCAUCACCAUCCUCGUCAUCCUCGUCAUCAUCAUCAAUUCUCUUCUAUACAAAAACAAUCAUAUAAAAAUAAUUCAACUAAUCAAAAUCAAAACAAUGAUCAUUCUAGUAAUCAUUCAAAACUAUUAUCAUCUAAUUCAACUGUAUUAUCACCACCAUUACCGCCAUCGUCAUCAUCAUCAUCAUCGACAUCGUCGUCAUCACAAAUAGAAGUAAAAGUUACAUCAUCUGAACAGAAUCAUAAUGAAAAAUUAAAUAGAAGGUUAUAUUAUCUUAAUAAAUAUGCUGGACAAUCAAAUCAUGGUAUACCAUGUUUUGUUGAGAAAAGAUUAUUUCAUCGUUCAUGUCAAAGAAUUCGUACAGUUUGGGAAAAUAUCGAUCUGACUAAUGCACAAACAAUACGUGCUCAACGAAAAUUUGUGGAACGAUUUAUAAACAAUUUAGAGACAAAAAUUUCCAAACUAAAGUCUACUGAUAAUGUAACAAACAUUGAUGUAUUAAAAUAUUUAAAACAAAUACAUUUGGAAGCAAAACAUCAAUUACAAUUAAUUCAGAGUCAAUUAAUACCAAUAAUUGAUAAAAAUCAUCCAUACAAAUCAACAAUGAACCAUGAAACUAUGAAAACAAUAACGAAUGAUAUUGGAAUACCAUAUCCUCCACCGUUACCAAACUUUACUACUACUACUACUACUACAGGUCAUCAUAUAAAAACACAUUCAGCAAUAAUAACUAAUACUAACAAUACAGCCAAAAGAAAUAUGUCAAUAAUAGGAGAAGGAGGAGGGGGAGGAGUAGGAGGAGGAAGAAGAGUUGGAAGAAAUAACAAUGAUUUAAUUCCUCGAAGUAGAUCAUGCAAUCUGUUUCUACGGAAUAAUCAUAAUAAUAAUAAUAAUAAUAAUAUCAAUAAUAAUGGUAAUAAUAAAAACAAUAAACUUCUUGAAUUGCCUAAAAUUAUUGAGAAAAUAUCAGAAAACAAUAUUAUAUAUCAUUCUAGAAACAAUUCCAAUAUCCCUGAUGGUAUAGGCAUGAAAGUUUAG